AUGUCUUCUUUCAAUUCAUCCAUAUUAUUAUUAUUAUUUCUUUGUUGGUCUCUUGUGUUUUCUAUCCUGCAGGGCUUGGUCCACGCUGUAAUUCUAUGCUUCUCUAGGGAACAUGUCUUCUUUCAAUUCAUCCAUAUUAUUGUGUAUUUCUUUUUCUUUGUUGGUCUCUUGCAGGGCUGGUUGGCUUGGUCCCUUUGUAAUUCUAUGCUUCUCUGGGAACAUGUCUUCUUUCAAUUCAUCCAUAUUAUUAUUAUUUUAUUUGUUGGUCUCUUGUGUUCUGUCCUGCAGGGAACAUGUCUUCUUUCAAUUCAUCCAUAUUAUUAUUAUUAUUUCUUUGUUGGUCUCUUGUGUUUCUGUCCUGCAGGAACAUGUCUUCUUUCAAUUCAUCCAUAUUAUUAUUAUUAUUUCUUUAUUUGGUCUCUCUCUCUCUCUCUCUUGCAGGGCUUGGUCCACGCUAUGUGCCUAUUUAAUAGGGAACCUUUCUUCUCUCUUUUCAUUAUUUUAUUCUCUCUCUCUCUCUCUCUCUUGUUCUAUCCUGCAGGCUCGCAUGCUCUAUUUCUAUGUUUAAUAAUAUGUCCUUUCAAUUCAUCUCUUUUUCUUUAUUAUUAUUUCUCUGUUGGUCUCUUGUCUCUUUCUGACAUUCCUUGGUCCAUGCCGGGAACAUGUCUUCUUUCUCUCUCUUCCAUAUUAUUAUUAUUAUUUCUUUGUUAUUGCAAUUCCUGCAGGGCUUGGUCCACGCCUGUAAUUCUAUGUCUCUUCUUCUUCAUUUCCAUAUUAUUAUUAUUAUUAUUUUUGUUGGUCUCUUAUGUCUCUCUCUGGCUUGGUCCAGUCCUUGUCUUUUCAUUCUGGCUCUCUCUCUCUCUCUCUCUCUCUCUCUCUCUCUUGAACAUGUCCUUCUUCUGUCUUCUUCCAAUUAUUAUUAUUAUUAUUUCUCUUUGUUGGUCUUUUGUGUCUCUCCUGUCUCUUGCACGCUGUAAUUCUAUGUCCUUAGGAACAACAUGUCUUCUUCAAUUCAUCCAUAUUAUUAUUAUUAUUAUUUCUUUGUUGGUCUCUUUUCUGUCCUGCAUGGCUUGGUCUCUCUCUCUCUCUCUUUCAAUUCUCUUGCUGACAUUCCUUUGUUGGUCUCUUUGUGUUCUGUCCCAGGGCUUGGUCCAUGCUGUCUUUCUUUGUACUAUGAAUAGUCUCUCUCUCUAUCUCUUAGCCUUUGAUAUUAUUAUUUCUUUGUUGUCUUCUUGCAGGGCUUGUAUCCAUAAUUCUAUUUGGGAACAGCUUUCUUCCACAUUAUUAUUUUCUUUAUUUUGGUCUCUCUCUCUCCUCAGGGCCUUGCUGAAUUCUAUUGAUACAUUCUGGGACAUGUCCUUUCUUCUCUCUUUAUCCAUAUUUUAUUUUGAGGUCUCUUUGUUGGUCUCUUUGUGUCUCUCUCUGCAGGGCUGGGUCCACACUGUAGUUCUAUGCUUCAAAAGCGACAUGUCUCCUUUCUUUCUUUAUCCAUAUUAUUAUUCUCUCUCUCUUGGUCUCUCUCUUGUUCAGUCCUGCAAGUUCUCUCUGCUCUCUCUCUCUCUCUUGCUGAAGGGGACUGUCUUCUUCCAAUUAAUCCAUAUUAUUAAUCUUUUCUUUGUUGGUCUCUCUCUCUCUGUCCUGCAUGGCUUCGUCCAUCAUGUAAUUCUAUGUUUCUCUAGGAACAUGUCUUCUUUCUUCUCUCAUUUCUAUUAUUAUUAUUAUUAUCUCUUGUUGUCUCUUGUGAUCAUAACAUGUCUUUCUUCAAUUCCUCCAUAUCUCUCUCUCCUGCAGGGCUUGGUCCACAUUCUGUCUUCUAUGCUUCUCUUUUUAACAUGUCUUCUUUCAAUUCAUCCAUAUUAUGCUAUGGACAUUUCUCUUUGUUGGUCUCUUUGUUCAUACCUGCAGGGCUGGGCUUGGUCCAUGGUCUGUCCUUCUAUGCUUCUCUAUCUGGAACAUGUCUUCUUUCAAUUCAUCACAUUAUUAUUAUUUUAUUUCUUUGUUGGUCUCUUGUCUCCUGCAGGGGCUUGGGGCUUGGUCACAAUUCUAUGCUGUAAGGAACAUGUCUUCUUUCAAUUCAUCCAUAUUAUUAUUAUUAUUUCUUUGUUGGUCUCUUGUGUUUCUGUCUUUCCACGCUUAAUUCUAUCCAUGUCUUCUUUCAUUCAUCCAUAUUAUUAUUAUUUUUUUUGUUGGUCUUGUGUUUCUGUCCUGCAGGGGCUUGGUCCACGCUGGCUUGGUCACGCUGUAAUUCUUUGCUUCACUAAAGGAACAUGUCUUCUUUCAAUCAUCCAUAUUAUUAUUAUUAUUUCUUUGUUGGUCUCUUGUGUUUCUGCCUGCAGGGCUUGGCUUGGUCCACAUGUAAUUCUAUGCUUCUCUCAGGAACAUGUCUUCUUUCAAUUCAUCCAUAUUAUUAUUAUUAUUUCUUUGUUGGUCUCUUUGUGUUCUGUCCUGCAGGGCUUGGUCCACGCUGUAAUUCUAUGCUUCUCUAGGGAACAUGUAUUCUUUCAAUUCAUCCAUAUUAUUAUUAUUAUUUCUUUGUUGGUCUCUUUGUGUUUGUCCCUGCAGGGCUUGGUCCACGCUGAAACAUGUCUUCUUUCCCCUAUUCAUCCAUUCAUUAUUAUUAUUAUUUCUUUUGUUGGUCUCUUUGUGUUCUGUCCUGCAGGGCUUGGUCCACGCUGGCUGGGUCCACGCUGUAAUUCUAUUCUUCUCAGCUUCUCUAGGGAACAUGUCUUCUUUCAAUUCAUCCAUAUUAUUAUUAUUAUUUCUUUUGUUGGUCUCUUGUGUUCUGUCCUGCAGGGCUUGGUCCACGCUGAACAUGUCUUCUUUCAAUUCAUCCAUAUUAUUAUUAUUAUUUCUUUGUUGGUCUCUUAUGUUCUGUCCUGCAGGGCUGGAGUCCACGCUGGCUUGGUCCACACUGUAAUUCCUGCUUCUCUAGGGAACAUGUCUUCUUUCAAUUCAUCCAUAUUAUUAUUAUUAUUUCUUUUUGUUGGUCUUUGUGUUCUGUCCUUUCAAUUCAUCCAGGAACAUGUCUUCUUUCAUUAUUAUUAUUAUUAUUUCUUUGUUGGUCUCUUGUGUUCUGUCCUGCAGGGCUUCUCUAGGGAACAUGUCUUCUUUCAAUUCAUCCAUAUUAUUAUUAUUAUUUCUUUGUUGGUCUCUUGUGUUUCUGUCCUGCAGGGCUUGGUCCACCUUGUAAUUCUAUGCUUCUCUAGGGAACAUGUCUUCUUUCAAUUCAUCCAUCCAUAUUAUUAUUAUUAUUUCUUUGUUGGUCUCUUGUGUUCUGGAACAUGUCUUCUUUCAAUUCAUCCAUAUUAUUAUUAUUAUUUCUUUCUUUGUUGGUCUCUUGUGUUCUGUCCUGCAGGGCUUGGUCACGCUGUAAUUCUAUGCUUCUCUAGGGAACAUGUCUUCUUUCAAUUCAUCCAUAUUAUUAUUAUUAUUUCUUUUGUUGGUCUCUUGUGUUCUGUCCUGCAGGGCUUGGUCCACGCUGGAACAUGUCUUCUUUCAAUUCAUCCAUAUUAUUAUUAUUAUUUCUUUGUUGGUCUCUUGUGUCUGUCCUUUGGUCCACGCUGUAAUUCAUCCUUCUCUAGGGAACAUGUCUUCUUUCAAUUCAUCCAUAUUAUUUUAUUUUAUUUGUUGGUCUCUUGUGUUUCUGUCCUGCAGGGCUUGGUCCACGCUGGAACAUGUCUUCUUUCAAUUCAUCCAUAUUAUUAUUAUUAUUUCUUUGUUGGUCUCUUGUGUUUCUGUCCUGCAGGGCUUGGUUCAUCCUUGGUCGUCGCUAUGUUACGCAAGAGUGUAGAGACAAGAGAUUGGCUGAACACAAUUGAACCCCGCAAUGUGCGUGCUGUAAUGAAGCGUGUUGUGGAAGACAUCACUGCCAUUGAUGUGCAGGUUGGCCAAUUGUAUGAGGAAGGUGUGCGUAAGGAGAGGAGCAGUGAUUCCAGCAGACGGACACAUAGUUACAGCUUGUCACAGCAACAGAGACGCACACAGUGGAAUUUCACACCCAGCAUUGAUAAUAGCCUUAUCAGCAAUAUUCAGAAGUUGUUCUCUGAGAAAAUUGAAAUCUUCAGUGCUGUGGAAUUCUCCAAAGUCUCUGUCCUCACUGGCAUCAUUAAGAUAAGUCUGAAGACUUUUCUUGAAUGUGUUCGCCUGAGGACUUUUGGCCGUUAUGGCCUGCAGCAGAUUCAAGUGGAUACUCACUACCUGCAGCUUUAUUUAUGGAGAUUUGUGUCUGAUGAAAACUUGGUACAAGUUCUGUUGGAUGAAAUUGUGUGCAGCACAGCCCAUCGAUGCCUUGACCCUAGCAUGAUGGAACCAAGUGUAAUUGAAUUGAUCUGUGAACGAGGCUGA